CCAUGGCGGCUGGCCGCGCGCCCGUGCGCCGCGUUUCGGGCUCGGUCCGGCGGGUACGCGGCCAGGCCGAGCCCCGGACCGGGCCGAACCGUGGGCGCUCCUGAAAGCGCGGGACAAAGGGCGCCGGGACCACGGACGGCCGCGGGAGCACGCGCCCCGCUCGGACCAAAUUUGGGCUUCCGACCCGCCAUAUUUGGGAAUCUACGUCACGCAGGAGUCUUUAUAAAGGCGGGAAUCCUCCGCGAGGACCUGACAGCACCGCGUUCAGGCUGUGCGCUCGCGACAACCAGAAACAAACAGCUGAUGUUGUUUACGUCCUCUGAUGACGCAGCGGCCUCACCUGCGCCGGUGACCCUCUAGUAGAGUCUCACCUCCCGCGUUGGCGUCCCGCGAGCGGCAGCUUCCGCCCGGACAGAGCGCCUCUCCGCGGGGCUCAGCAGCGAAGGAGCUCCGGGAGCCGCGGAGCUCCCCCCGCAGGGACAUGGCGGCCACAAGGGCUCUGCUGCCGGAGCCGCUACCCGGUCUGCCGCCGCCGCUGUCCCCAUUGGACGGAUACCCGAAGCUGGAGGAGUUGCAGAUGCUGCUGCUGGCCGCCUCCGGUCCCGAGGGAGCCGGGCAGCUGAGCGGAGAAUCCGGAGAGUACGGAGAUUCCCUCUCGGACCUCCCGGACCUGCAGAGCCUCCUCCCGCUGACGCCCCGCCUCCCCUCGCUGGCGUACAGCGGCCGCUUCUCCUUUGAGCCGUCUGUGUCGACCUGCGGCGGCAACAAUCUGUGGGCGGAGUCUCUCCUAAGCCUGUUGGUCGGUGUGGCGGCUCCGCCCCCUGCCUCCAGCCUUCCUGUCUCUUCACCGUCAGUGACAUCAUCAUCGCCAUCCCAGCAAUCCAUCAGUUCCGUCCAGGUGACCUGCGGCUCCGCUGAUAUCGCCUCGGUCUUCUCGGCGAUGCCGACCUACACCUCAGCCGGCGCCGAGCCACUCCUCCCCACCACAGACUCUCAGCCAGCCACUCUGGCCUUCUCGCCGCAGCAGGGUCCGCCUCCCGCCUACCCCGCCACUGCUGCGUCCCGCCUCGGCCUGCAGCCGUCCUCGCUGGUGCCGAUGUUGCCGGACUACCUUCUGCCGCAGCAGUCGGAUGCCGAGCUGGGCGUGAACGUGGAUCAGAAGCCGCCACCGCUCACGCCGCUCUCCACCAUCAAGGCCUUCUCCUCGCAGAUCCAGAUACAGCCUCCUGGCCCCACCUACAACACGCAGCUCACCAAGUCCGGCAGGCCCAGGAAGUCCGCCGCUGGCCGCCAGUGCAAGACGCCGCCUCACGAGCGGCCGUACGCCUGCCCCGCCGAAGGCUGCGACCGCCGCUUCUCCCGCUCCGAUGAGGUGACGCGCCACGUGCGCGUGCACACGGGUCAGAAGCCGUUCCAGUGCCGCAUCUGCAUGCGCAGCUUCAGCCGCAGCGACCACCUGACCACGCACAUCCGCACGCACACCGGCGAGAAGCCGUUCGCUUGCGCUGAGUGCGGACGCAAGUUUGCCCGCAGUGAUGAGCGCAAGAGGCACGCCAAGAUCCACCAGAGGCAGCGCGAGCGCAAAAACAACGGCAGCUCUGCCUCCACCGCUGCCGCCAUCACCACACCCCCCACAUACUCCUCCCCUGCACACAGCUCCUCCCCCUGCUUCACCUCCUCCUCCUCCUCCUCGCUGUCACACAUCUACAGCUCCUCGCCGUCCCCCCACCUCUACUCCCCCUCCUGCUCCUCCCCGAUGGCGAGCCCCCAGGCGGAGCUGCCCUCCCCCCACAGCUCCAACAUGUGUUGACCUUUGACCUCAGACUGACAGCGUCGGACUGCAGAGAUGUUUACUGUGCGGGGUCAAAGGUCGCCUCAUGAUGUAAAUGUGAAUCCUGAAGUUUGUACAUAUUGGUCGUGUCCAAAUUCACAGGCUGCAUCCUCCUGAGGCCGCAUUUGUAGACCGAUUACGUCACAGCGACGCGUCGAAGGCUGUCCCAAUUCGUAGACUCCUCCGAAUGCAGCCGACAAAUGCUUCCUCCUUUUCCCCGAAUUUGAAGGAUGGGUCGGGUGUGUCCUUCGUGGCCCACCAUAUCCCAGAAUUCAUAGCACGGCCCAGCCAAUUCCAGUUUCCAACAAUGGCGGCCGCUACUAAGUUUUAAAAUUACUCUUAUUAAUCUUUCUGGGUCACAAAAUAAACUUUUAACAUAUUUUCAGGUGAGAAUGUAAACUUCAAAUAUCUGCUCGGUUUAUCAAGAUAUCCCAUAUUUGCAAAAGUGCUUCGACGUUUUCGGAGACGUCUGUUACCCACCAGCUCGAUAGCGAGCCGGGAGCUCGAGGGUCACUGAAGCCGCCGAGAACGGCACAACUCCCGGCACAUCAUUUUCAGAUCACCGCGGACUUUCACUGCUCAGGUUAAACAUGAUAUAUAAGUCACUUAGACAACCUAAACAUGUUAUUGUUUGGCUUUUUCAGUGUUUUAUUUGUUCGUGAGUAAAUCGGUUUGGCUGAGAUUAAAGUUAUUAGAUUAGAUCAAAUAAAACUUUAUUAAUCCCUCGGGUGGUUUUCACACAGCUGAAUAAACAUCAAACAGAAAACUGAUUAAACAGAAGUGUGAGACGCUCGAGAGUUUACUCCAGUGUCCUGUUAUAUUUUAGAUAGCAAGGAGCAGACGGCCGAGUUUAUUAAACUCCACUGAGACAGCGGUGACGCAGAUCUGAAGGCCAGACCGUCCAGUUUCACAGCCGUUUACUUCCGGCCUACCCGACCUUCUGAGGACCGGGCCCACGUAGACCGCGAAGGCCGGGUCCUCAGGAGGAUGCAGCCCAUGAAUUUGGACACGACUAUUGUUUACACGUAUGUUGGUGAACACGCGUUCACGUGCUCCGCCUACUGAGUAGGCCUGUAUGUUUACAUUUUCUACUCCAUCUGUUUCCUCUCAAAGAGCUUCAACAAUAAAAGUCUGAACC